AAGUGACGCAGCCGCCGCGCUGAAGGAGCCGUUGGAGUUUGUUGACAUGGAGCCGCGUCUCGUCUCGUCGUCUGCUGUGCGCUCGCAGUGAAGCCCGUCGGUGAAGCAUGAUGCUAAUCGACAGAAAGUCUGUGAAAUGAGGGGUAAAGUGCUGAGGCUCAGCCCGAAUGAGGAGGCGCAGCUGCUGAGAGAGGAGCAGGACCGGAGGAGGAGACUGCGCCUGCAGCAGGUGCGUGAGCAGGAGCGCUUCAUCGCGCGGCAGCUGCGCAGACAGGUGCAGGAGCGCAGACAGCAGCAGCUGCAGACGCUCGCAGACUCCCUGCAGCUCGAGUGGCAGCAGCAGCAGACGCUCAAACUACAGGCCUUAUCCACACACUACGAGCACAGCCUGAGGUCUGUGGGACACGGACAGCGCAGCGCUCAGGAGAAUGAGCCGGAUCUGGAGGCGCUGGCUCAGAGGAGUGUGGAGAGGCAGGAGCGAGCGGAGGAGAGGCAUCGGGAGGCUCUGAGAGAGCUCGGCGUCCGCAGACACGAGGAGGAGCAGCAGCAGCGCCGGCACAUUGAAGCGCGGAGGAAAGCUCUGCUGGAGGAGAAGAGGAGAGCCGAGAGAGUGUCCAGUCUGCCGCCGCCGCCUCCAGACCCGCUGGAGAGCAUCGGGGAGAAGACGCCUCGUCCGCUGAGGGCAGCAGCAGCAGAGCGCUUCUCUCUCACUCACCGUCACGUGACACAGACCGCUGUGGACCGAGAGAGCGACACCGAGCAGCAGCGGAGCGCUCAGCAGGCCGCAGCGCUGGAGGUGCAGCGUGUGGAGGAGCUGCAGCAGGAGGAGGCUCGUGACCGGCAGCAGCGGCUGGAGAGAGCACGGCUGAGAGGAAGCCACGCGCUGCGGAGAGAGCAGCACACACAGGACCGAGCGCGGCUGCUCUGUGAGCUGGAGCGUCUGCAGCAGGCCGAUCUGAUGCGCCGCAGACACACGGUGAGCAGCGUCCCGCCGCAGAUCUUCCAGCCGCUCUGCAGACAGCAGGAGCUCCGAGACGAGCAGCAGCGGGAGCUCGAGAUCGCCUUCCAGGACGUCUACACGGAGGAGCGCAAGGUCAAAGGUGACUUGGUGCUGCAGCUGGUACCUGAACCUCUUCCUCUGUCUGCUGCUAGUCAUGAUGAGGAGCUGGAUGUGACCCUUGACCCUGAAUGUGUACCUGAAGGGGAGGAGCCGGAGACCCCGGUCGCUGAAACUCCAGUCUCUGUUUCGGCAGCAUCUCCUCCGGCUGAGCCGGGCAGACGGGCUCUGAGCAGACUGCUGGAGCGCAUCAGGAGGCAGAGAGACCGGAGGACCAGUCAGCAGACCGCUGACACGCCAGGGACGUCACAUGAUGCAGACGCACAGGAGGAAGCCUUGAGUGUUGAGACGGGAUCUUUAAGCAGCCAGGAAAAAGCAUCAGGAGGCAGUUUAGAGGAGCAGACGCCCAGCUCAACACACACCGAGGACGCUCCUGAUGUAAGAGAUGAAGCCGUGGUGGCAGGAACGCUGCUGCCGCCGGAGGAGCGGCUCCAUCUGAUGGCAGAGAGCGAGAGGAGCGCGCGCACGGACCAGCCGACCCAUGUGGAGGCUCUGUUGAGACGGCAGCAGGAGCAGCUGGCUCUGCUGGAGGAGCUGGAGGAGAAGCGCCGUGAGCUCGAGCAGCGCUGGAGAGACGCUCAACAGACCAGCAGGAGUCUUCCCGAGCCGUCUGCAGAGGUUAGGCCGGAUGUCACGCACACGCAGAGACUCCAUCAGUACCAGCAGAGACUCCUGGAGCAGAACAGGCUUCAUAAGAGGUGUGUGGAGGAAGCUCGUCGACGGCUGGAGGAAUACCAGCACACUCUGAAGUUACGACACGCCGUCGGCAGCACAUCUGUUCCUCUCGCUCUCAGCCCCGAUCCUCAGGCCCUUCAUGCACCUGCUGGUCUGCUUGCAUCUCGCCCCGCUCCGGCACAGCCUCUCGUCAGCCCACCAAACACCUCUGGGUCUGAUUGGAGCCGCCCCUCAAGAGGCUCCCCGCAGGAAGACCGGGACCGGCUUCCUCUUCCUGCCCCCGCUGUGGUUCUGGAGCUCCUGCGCAGCCGCAAGGAUCACGCGGAGACCGGCGGGUCAGUGCUUGGGAGUGAGACGGAGUCUGUGAGGAGACAGAGAGACGCCCUGCAGGCUCUGAUCACUGCAGACAGACAGGGUCCAGCGUCGAGCUCUAGCGACGUUCAGACACAGCGGAUGAUUUUGAACACUUUGCUGAAUGCCAUUGAGGAAGCUAACGGCCACACCGAGCCCUCGACAGCACCCGGCCAACGGGACGGUGCCACGCUCACCACAACGGUCUCAGACGACUGCGUACAUGAUCCAGCCCCAGUGCAUCGUGGGAGAGUAAAGCCACCCGUGUCUCGUCCUCCCGCCCGUUUGGCCUUCUUACAGCAGAUGGAGCAGCAUGAACUCAGUGCUAUACAGGAAGUGGACACUCCGGUCAACAUCAGUCUGGACACAGAGCUGCAGUCUGCUGACGUGAGCGAGUCCAGCAGCGCGUCCCUGCCCGCCGUCUCCUCUGAAGACGGUCACAGCGCGAGUCAAAGGUCACAGGUCACGGGCAGAAUCAGCCGCAUGUCCUGGAGAGAGAUGCUCCUGCGUGACUCCACAGCCUCAGCGAGUCCGUCCAGCAUAGGUCACCAGCGAGAGCGCUUUGGUGCUGUUGACCCAGACUAUCUCUCGUCCACUACGAUCUCCACAGGAAGCUACUCCAGUAGUGACCAUGAGCCCAGUUACGCUGUGUCAGAUGCGUCUCAUCUCUGCUUCGAGCCUGACGUGUGCGGCCCGUCACCCGGACCCGGGACCGGUCACAUGACCGCUGACCAGGCACAGGAAAUGAGAGGGACUGUGCAGCAGAUCAUAGACAAAUACAGCAAAGAGCUGAGCGCUUCCCUGAGACAUGCAGGAGGGACUGCAGGUGCGGUGAACACCAGCUCAGCGUCUCAGUCCUGGUGCAGUGUGCUUCAGGAGGAGACUUCACUGCAUGAUAGAGACUCCCAGAGUUCAGCUGCAGCUCUGUCCAGCACCGAGCACUCAGGUGUUUUCCAGCCGCUACAGCCUCAUCCAGACAUAGACUCUUCCUCUUCCUCUUCAUCAUCUAGAAAUGCAGUGCGAGAUGAUCAGAGCACUAGAGCACAGGGCUGGAGCGAGACUGUAAACCGGAUCCUCGAGCGGCUCUCUGAUCAGUUAUCCAUCAGACAGAGCGAGCAGGGUCACGGCACCACGCCUGCUGAUCCGUCUCAUCACGAUCCAGACAGACCCCUGAACGAGUCGCCGAGGCAGAACCGGGCCGGCCCCGUCUCAAACACACACUCGAGUGCUGAAGAUCAGUCAGAAACGGAUCAGUUUGAUGGCUGCGAGUCUGCGUUCAGCCGGUUGAUUGGUAAAGCGUCAGAUAUGGGUUCGUCUCAGGUGUUUGAUCAGAGCAGCGUUCUCGCCGAUGGGCCGGAGGAAGUGACUCGGAGCACAGCUGCAGGAACAGCGCUGUGCUUCAGUCCGGUCAGAUCAUCGCUCCAGCCGUCAGCGUCGCAGAUGAGAACAGAUGAUGCUCUGACUGACGCCCCACACGACGAUGCAUCAGACUUGUUUCUUCCUCUGCCCUCUGACGUCACCACCAAUGAGACCGCAGACUGUUCGACGGCUCUCUGUGUCCCGCUGGAAGCAGAACCGUGCGGCACACGUGAUUGGCUGGAGUCCACAGAUCAGUCCCUUCCGUCCCUGCAGCAUCUGAGAGCCGACACACUGCUUCAGUCGCAGUCAGAGCUGCAGAUAUCCAUGGAUGCGCUGUCUCUUACCCACGAGUCCCUCUGUGACACCGACGCUGUGGCUCCUCUCACUGCCGCCGAUGUGAGCCUCAUGCCACGCUCCCCGUUAAAGACCGCUCCUGACCUCACGCCCCAGCUGCCCUCACAGGAAGUGACCUCACACCUGUCAGCUGGAAACGCACUGACUGAGCUCUUAGAACGAGCACAGGCGGCGGGUGACCUGAAGGGCAUUCUGGAGGAGUCCACCAUCUCCUUCAUCAGUCUGCCAGAGUCGACGCUACAGGAUCCUGAGCUCAGCCUCGCACAGACACCAGACACAGGAAGUGCUGCACAGGAAGAGGAAUCUGAGGGCCGUGAGGGCCAAUCACAGAGCCGUGCGGUGGAGGAUGACAGCCAAUCAGAGCAGCCGGAUGCUCCGUUCCCUCGUGCUGUGAUGCUGCUGGAGUUUCAGAGCUCCUCUGCUCAGCAGUGUCAGCGCCGGCGGGAUCGUCUCGCACAGAGAUCAGCGCUCCGAGCCGCACAGAUCAGAGCCAGACACGCUGAGUCUGGACAAACCACACCGGUCCAGAGAGAGUCCAGGGCCACGGGACGCGCAGAUCCCAAACCACACGCAGCGGACGGACUGAAGAGCGUGGCUGAGGUGCGGAUCUGCUCGGAGGAGCACAGACGCUGUGAGGAGGCAGAGAUGUACCGCCGCACACACAGAUUGUACAGUCAGUUAGAGGAAGUCCAACAGAAGAAGGAGUUGCGGAGCCGUCAGGAAUCAUACGCCAAGAACCGGGAGAAGGCCAGAGACUUCCAGAGGAAGACGCUGGAGAAACUGAGGGUCAAACUGAACCGCUGACGUGUUUGGAGCUUCAUUGCUGCUGUUUAUUAAUCUCAAUCAGAUUUUAAAGCCUCAAGCACUUUUAUUUCUAUGUUUGUAUGUUGUGUAUUUUAAGUAAAAUGUUAUUUUAAUUUAAUAGA